AUGUUGGGCCGACUUCUCAGCACCGCAGCAUCGAGCCUCAAUCCAUCUGCUUACUCUUCCCGAAAUAAUGGUACUCCUCUCGAAUCAGUGACCGAGGAAGAACACACAUCCGGUCUUCUCUUCCCUGAUGUCAACCUUCUUCGUCGCUCCAAUAUCCAUGCACACCCAUUGCAGGCAUCAUUCAACUCCCCAAAUGCUUCCAAUGCCGGCGGAUACGAUGAUCGUGGAGGAAUGGAAUUGGAUCCUGUCAAGGAUUUCCGAGUGAUAGUGGCUCAGAAUGCAUUGGGAGACCGUGACGCAUGUGUCUUGCUUGACACACGUGCUACACCUGAACCAUCUCCUACCGGCCUUGGGAUUGAUUCACAGGGCCUUGAUCCGUUUGGAGCCAGACAUGCACGUACGAUUUCUAGUAUCUCCCGAGGCCCUCGUCGAAAUCUAAACUCCAUCCAAUCAUCCAUCAACGAACCUAGCCCUCUCUCAUCAGCUGCAGACGCGCGCAGAUCAUCUCCUGCAAGCCCCGGUGCAUUUUCGCGGGCUCGUGGCCGCAGCUCCACAUUGGCACCCGCCGGAGUAUUGCAUGAACCUGGUUACCGUCAUUCAACCGAUUCUAAUGAUACGGGCCUUCUCAAUUGUAUUUUUGGCAGCAGUGCUUUCAGCUACCGCGGGUCAUCGACAAAGAUGCAUAUAAUUUCUGCCGAUCAAGAUCCUGGAACAGCGCCCACUUCAUCUCCCGCUGCACGAAGUCCUCUUGCUCGUGCCUACACAACUGGUAGUCCCUCGGGUCCGACCCGAGUUUCCGAUAGUAGACCCCCUGCCAAGGUGACCGUGCUCGUGACUCGCAUGUUCAGUGUCAACCUCCCAGAAGGCUCCGAGGCCUCUGCCGACCGCCAUGAUUAUGCGAGUGCUCUCUAUCAAGAGUCUCUCCCUGAAUUGGGCUUCCCAUUUCCAGAUGUGUCGAAAGGGAAGAAGAUCAAAGAGAAGAAAACACCUAUGUAUGCGGUGGCAAUUACCAUCCAGAUUCCUCUACUUGCGCGCAACACCAGUCGACCCGUCUCGCGGUUCAGUACCCUCAGCCCUGAUUCUCCUCGGACGGGAUUGUCUAGUUCGUUGGAUUCGGACUAUCGUUGGCCUGGUUCUCACUUGGAGGAUAGUCUAUCUGCUGCGUCCCCUCCCGCAAGCCUGGAUGAGCGAUUAGACCUUCUGGUCGAUCACUGGGAUGUGAUCACUCGCACUUUGUCUCAUUUAGAGACACUAGCUCGGAACGAAAUCCUUUUCUUGCUGCGGAAAGUGGACUCUUUGUCCGGGCCACACCCGAAGCCAGCUAAGCCCCCUAACAUGCAACGAACGAAUCAAACCAUCGUGCAUCUCCCAGCCAACAUCUUAGCGGUCAACUCGAAGCUUAAGGAAGAAGCUUUCCGCAGUACCCGCAGAAUUAGCCUCGCUCUUCAGACCCCGUAUGUUGUCACAGGUCAGAAUCGUUGGGGCGUGUGGCGUGAAGAGGGCCGCUCCAUUGUUCGCGGACUUGGCGACAAGGAGCAAAACUUCUUCUUUCUAGUUUUAUUGACUGCAUUUCUGGGAAACCAUACCGAGUGGCUGAAUUCUUUAGGCCCAGAUUGGUACCGCCGCCGUCACACUCAGCAGACAAAAUCUCAACAGGACACAGAUCCGAUGCUUACCCAUCGCACCGUCAUAAUUUGUCCCAACAAGAUGACUGCCCGACGAUUGGUUUUUUUACUCUCUGCUUUCAUUCCAUCUAAACAGCGAUUGGACCCGCUGCCUUCGCCGCUCAGACCUGGCACAUCAGCAUCUAUGCGCGCUAUCUCUCAAAGUCCUCCAGGAGUACCAUUACUUCGGCAGGAGUCUCUUCGCAGAGCAAUUGAGCGCCGUGCUCGUGUACAGCGAUUAAAUCUUGGCGAUGAACAACGUCAUCGCUCAGUGAGUGUUUCGUCGCAAGAUACAACUCAGCGGUCGUCUGAUGGGAUCGACCUUUUGCCACCAACGGAUUUUGCCUGGACACGUAGAGCAUCCGAUGCUCGUUCGAUCAAAACUUUGAGUACGGUUAAGGACAACAGGGCCAAGGCUACUACUACCACUACCACCACUACUAGUGGAGCCACAACAUCGGUGAUUACACAGAGCAGCACUGUCCCUGUUCCUCAUUUCACAUCACAGACGAGCCGUACAAGCCAGACGGAGUUUGACCGCAGCGACUCAAAUGGUAACGAAAGCCGGGCAUCUGAAAACCUGCUAAAAAGCCUACAAAGAAGCGACAGCUCAGCUUCAGCAAUGGUUACCCAUGGCGGUAUGACAGCUGCUGGCGGCCGCUGGGGUGGCUUGUUCUCUGGGCUAUGGAGCUCAGGAAGGGAGCCAACUUUUGACAGAAACGAGGAGUACUAUCCAACUUCAGAUGCACGGAAGAGGUCAAUCGCCACUAUCGCAGGUCCAACUGCUCGUGGCCCGACCACUUUGAGUCAGAUGGUCGCAGAUGUUAAAGAACACGAAGCAGAGCAUCGCCCCGAUACUGCACCCAGUGGAAAUAUCUUGAUUCCAGCUGCCACGGCAGGAUCACCGCACAACUGUGAGGACAAUUCACCCGAGCCUUCGUCAUUGACAAGUCAAGUCCGUGACCAACCUUUGAGAAUGUCUGUUCGAGCAGAGGACGGCGUCAUCGAUGUUGAUCUUCCCCUACCCGGAUUUUUGUCUCUUUCUUCUUCGGGCGAUUCGACAAUUGCGUCACCCCGAAAGACCCGAACCUCAGUCACUAGCAUGGAUGCUAUGACAUCGUACAGCAGUGGAUCUGGAUUCCAUGGUACUGUAAAAGAAACUGAUGGCCCUAGCACUCAUGUUGCUGGCUGGCUCAAGAUUUUCCACGAGGAUUUCUCAUUGCAGGCAGUACGUCCGUACGCCUCGGUUGAAGCCGACAUCAGAAGGGCCAUGCGGGCCGAGCCAACACCCUACAGUGUCUCAACCCCAGAUGCGGAAGGAACAGAGAGGUGGGUAGAUGUUGCUACCACGUUAAUCGCAGACACCCGUACAUCAUCUGUGAAGCGUCUCCGUCUGAGACGCAAGAUCAUUGUGGGCCGACACAACGGAACGCUCAACAGCCCCAUUUCACCGACUCCUGGUAUUCUCGACAAUGGCCGGGGCUCUGUUGGCACCUCUGCAUCUUCACAGUUUACGAGCUUCUUUUCCGGACAGAGCAAGACUCCUGAUGUCCCUAUUUUGGAUGGACAAGAUCCAAACUAUGUGGAAGAGCGAUUUACCGAAGAGCCUGUAAUGGAUCUCGACACUAUUCUAGUAGAUGCAGUCGAACGUGUCCUCGGAAGUAGCGGCUAUUCCUCCCUUGCCCAUUCAAGAGCACCAUCUCCCAAUCGCACGCGUCGAGGAGAGGACAAGGGCCAAACUGCCCUUCGUGCAGAAGAACCUAUCCCAGUGGAAGUUCCUCGAACAGAGUGUCGCAAGAUAGUACUUGGUGCUUUGGAAGAAGUUGUCCGUGUUGUCACUGCCGAGCACUAUCGUGAGGAUGUGGAUAGUGAGCUUGGUAUCGCUGAUCGAGAGCGAAGAAGAGCGCUCGCAGGGGCGGAUAACACCCUGCGCGAAGGAAUUCGCAAAUGGCUUCUCGAUGUCGAAGAAUCUUGGUAA